ACUUCACCAUCUAGGUAUCAUGGGCUACUAGCUGGUAGCCAGUUCGUCUGGUAUCACGACAUUAUUACUAUUUGUUAGGGGAUAUACGUUCCGGUCUUAUCAUCAACCCGUUGUGUCAACAUGCAUUUAUGAUCCACUUUCCUAUUCUCUUAAGUCGACAACCCCUCAUAUCAUCUAUCUACAAUCUAUAUUCAUAUGGCGCCCUGGGGCGAGGAGUACUCCGUCGCCUUGGCGGUUCGCGAUCGACGAGAAAAAGCCAACAGCGCCAUCUACGACGCUUACACCAAACUCGCCGACCGAGCCAGUCGCUCAACGCCCACCACCGCACCACCAUCUGGCGCCCAAUCGCCAGCAGCAGCCGCGCGCUCCCCAUCCACCACCGAUCCCAAGAAGCAGUCGAAAGGGGAGUCGGCGCAAUCGCCGCACGAUCUUCUAGCCCUCACUCGCGCGGAUCUGUCGGAAGCGCAGCGAUCGCGCUCGGAGCUGCAGGACCGACUGAAUCGUACAACCGCUGACCUGGAGAAGCUGCGCAAGAGGAAUACCCUUGACGGUCGGCGGAUUAAGACGCUGGAGCAAGAUGCGACACAUCUACAGUUGCGGUUGAAGGAUCGCGACGAGGAGUUGAGGGGGAAAGCGAAGUUACUUGAUGAUUUCCAAGACGAACUUGCUUCGUUGAACUUGCAGCUUAAUAUGGCUGAGGAACGCACCGGUCGGUUGCAGCGGGAAAAUCAGGAGCUCGUUGAUCGGUGGAUGGUGAGGAUGGGCAGGGAGGCGGAAGCUAUGAAUGACGCUUCCAAAUAUUCUUGAGGGUGAUGAGGGUCGGACUAAACAAACAAGUGUUCUUCUUGUAACAUGCAGCGCAGGUGUCCUGCACGGUUCUGAUGGUUUCUUUCUCUCUCUUCUAUACCUGCUCUGUUCUAUGUAAUGAUACCCAUGAUAUAUGCACAGGAUGCCAUGUUGACACCCGCGGCUCACCCAUCCCAUCCCAUCCCAUCCCAUCCCAUAAUCUUGCGUCAAGUCAUAAGCACCAAACCG